UCCGAGUUAUCCCAUGCCAAGCCAUGUUCAAGCGCAGCUGCACGGAUCUAACCAAAAUACCCAAAGACAAGGUGCGCCAGUGGCUGUCCACCAUCGAGUCGGUGAUCUUCGAUGCUGAUGGUGUGCUGUGGCACUUGAAUCUACCCAUCGAUGGUGCGGUGGAGACAUUAAAUAUGAUCAAGAGCACGGGCCGGCAGACCUUUGUGGUGACGAAUCAUUCGGGUUUACUCACCCACGAGCUGGCCGCAAAGGCCACACAAUUUGGCUUUGACCUGCAGGAAAGACAAAUGCUGAGCUCGGGCGUGUCCGUGGCCAAGUUUCUGGGCUCCAAGGGGUUCAAGAAGAAGGCCUACAUUGUCGGCGAGCCGGCCAUAGUCGGUGAGCUGGCCAAGGAGAAUAUUUGCAGCUUUCUUGUGCCCAAGGAGAAGCUGCUACAGCCCAUGGAGCAGUUUGCCAAGGACAUGCACCUCGAUCCCGAAGUGGGCGCCGUUGUCAUUGGCAAGGAUGAGGGCUUCAAUGUGCCCAAGAUAAUACGCGCCAGCUCCUAUCUGCAGGAUCCAAAUGUGCUCUUUCUGGGCACUUGUCUGGACACUGCCUAUCCCGUGGGCAAAGAUCGCAUAAUUGUGGGUGCCGGUGCCAUGGUGGCGUCCAUCAAGGCCAUCACUGGCCGCAAGCCACUGAUACUGGGCAAGCCGAAUCCCUGGAUGAUCGAUCAGCUGCUGCAGUCGGGAAAACUCAAGCCAGAGUCCACGCUAAUGGUGGGCGAUACUCUCUAUACGGAUAUGCUGUUUGCCAGCAAUUGCGGCUUUCAAUCUCUGUUGGUGGGCACGGGCGUCAGCACGCUGAAGGAUGUGCGUUUAUGUCGCAACUGCGAGGAGCAGCUCAAGAGGGACAUGCUGCCAGAUACUUAUUUGCCUUCAUUGGCACACUUGCAGCAGUUUCUUUGCUAAACUCUCUCUCUAAACUCUUGUCCGUGCCUUUGCUUUGAUUUUGCUGUUACUUUUGACACGCCCACACG